AUGAUAGAGAAAGUGGAGAUGGCGGAACCUCCGGAAGUGCCACCAAAGAUGAAGGAUCCAGGGGAGUUCAACAUCACUUUCACCAUUGGUGGGUUGAAAAUCCCACAUGCUUUAUGUGACUUAGGAUCGAGCAUAAAUGUCAUUUCAUUGAGCAAAUUUAAGGAAUUGAAGAUAGGAGAGAUCAUACCAAGCAACAUAAGACUCACUUUAGCCGAUUCAUCUGUGACACAUCCGCUUGAUAUUGUACAAGAUAUGCUAGGUCAUGUUGAUGGUUUGACCUUCCCUCCAGACUUUGUGGUGAUCGACAUGAAAAAUGAUUCAAAAGAGUCAUUGAUUCUCGUGCGCCCAUUCUUAGCAACCGGGAAGGCAAAAAUAGAUGUGGAUUCAGGUGAAUUGAUUUUGAAGUUCAAUAAGGGAAAUAUGGUGUUUAAUGCAUAUCAAUGGACAACAUAUGUGGAGAAUCUAGGGACAUGCUAUCAAUUGGAAGAGAAAGGUAUUGGAGUUCACAAAAUAAUGAAAAAAGGAGUUUUCACCAGCGUGAGGGUAUCCCUUGCGUCUGACGUGUUUUAA